AUGUCGUCGCUUUUCGGUCGUCUUGGAGGCGGACAGCCGGCAUCUAGUGCAGCACCUGCGUCAGGCACUCCUGCAUCACAGUCGCUGUUCGGAAACGCGGGCAACAACACAUCGUCAGGCACAGGAUCGAGCUUGUUUGGCGGCAAUCCGGGCGGAGGUACUCCAGGCGCAGCAGCGGGCCCGUCGCAGCCAGCAAGCACAGGGGGCUUUGGAAGCAGUCUGUUUGGAGGCGCCCUUGGAAGCGCGAAGCCAGCAUCGUCAUCUACCUUCCCUGCACUGGGCGCAACAUCGACGUCGCAACCGCAAACGCAAACUGGCGGUUCCUUCAGCUUGUUCGCCAAACCCGCAACGACGCAGCAAUCGACAAUGAACAACCAGCAGCAAACAAGCGGCCUCGGACAGUCCUCCCUUUUCGGCACUGCUUCGACACAGCAGCAGCCGCAACAGCAGCAGGGCGCCUCUCUAUCCCAGUCAAACGCCGGUACCACGCGCUCGGCGCACUUUGACAAUCUCCUCGAGCGUGGGCGCAAACGCAAUGCUGGCGAGAACGGAGGGAGUAACUUCGAGGAGCUGCCAUCGUUGCAGCUGGGACUGGGCGACAUUGCGCGCAAGGUUCGCAACCUGGGCGCUGGCGGCCCUUCCGCAGAUCACGUUCGAGAUGGCGCACAAGACCGUGCAGCGCACUACCUUCUCUCGGCCUCGGGUGUGAAGCUGGGCAGUACCCUUCGCGAUCUGAAUCAGUUCUCUACUCAAGCCGGCAUUGGCGCGAACGGGAUGGCACAGAACCUCUUCGACACUGAUGUCGAUGGCUACAUCUCGAACCUCCACUCGCAAUCCACGCUCUCACUCAUCCAAGAAGGCCUGGAACAGUCCAAGCGUGACUUCGACGCCUUCCUCGAAGACAAUGUCCAGAUCGAGUGGGACAAGCAAAGACAGAGGAUCUAUGAGCAUUUCGGUCUGGGGCGGCAGAAUGAGGACAUGGCAGCUUCCCAGAGCGCCUUCGGCAGCACUGCGAGGGGAGCUUUCGGGCGUUCGACCCGCAAGGGCCGUUCCAUGGGGCCAAAAGGCGCGUCUACAAAUGGGGCCUCGACAUUUGGCGCGUCAGUCGGCGGCCCACCCGUCAUUGGGAAUGGGCAGAGUGUGCUCAAUGGGCGUGAAGGUCAUGGUGCGUCCGUACUGGGAACACAAGCCGGCCCUCGGGACCGCUAUGAGCGAGACAAGCAAGAGAGGUUCAUGGAGGAGGUCAAGAAACUCAACGACGCACGCCAACGGGAGGCUCCUUACUCAAUUCUCCAUGCGUUCUCCGAGGUGGAGAGAACGACUGGCACCGAGCAUUCAGAGCAAUUUGUCCUAGCGUACAGAGCGCUUGUCUCGAUUACCAGAGAGGCGUCUGAGUCGGAAUCGUCUAAUCCUGAGUCGAACAACCCCAGGCCCCGAAGUUUCGUUAGGGACUACCUCGAAGACCAGCCGAACUCAGCAGGGAGCCUUCGGAUACGCAAACGGAUUCUAGACGGCUCCCGUACAUUUUUGGAGACGCGGUUCUUGGAGCAAGUAGAUGCGACGUUGAAGAAGCAUCCUAACGAAGCGCUCGUCGGUGGUGUUCCUUCUCUAUUGAACAAAAUUCGCGGUUAUAUUCGAGCCAAGAUAGCCUUCAAGGAAUUUGGCGAAGACACAGACUGUCUCCAGAAAAUCGGUGAUUCUGGAGACGAGUACCCUUGGCUCAUUGUUUUCUUCUUGCUCAAGGCAGGCUUGUCCGCUGAAGCGGCCGACUACGUGCGAGAGAAGCGCAAUUUCUUCCAGAACACCGACAGGAACUUCCAGGCAGCUCUAUCACACUACGCAACCGAUCCAGAUCGACGGUUGAGCCCCGAUCUCCAUCAGAAGAUAGGCCAUGUCUUCGCCCAGCGAGCUCGUCUCCAAAGUCAGGUAGAUGAUCCCUACCGAACUGCUUGCUAUAAGAUAGUCGGCCGCUGUGAUUUGAGCCGUCGAAGCUUGAAUCCAAUCAAGGAGACUAUGGACGACUGGAUCUGGUUACAGUUUAACCUGGCUCGUGAAGGCAACCGUGCCGAGGAGAAUGCUGGCGAGAUCUGGGGCCUGGAAGAGUUGCGAUCCUCCAUUCGCGACAUUGGCCAGAAGCACUUCAGCGAAGACGCUGAUUCGGCGGGCGGAUACGGCGUCUACUUCUAUCUUACAACGCUUGCUGGUAUGUUUGAGUCAGGCCUUGGUUAUCUGUACAACCACAACUACGUUUCGACGGUCCAUUUCGCGAUUGCGCUCGAUUACUAUGGUCUACUCAGAGUAUCCGAUUGGGCUACCGGCGGCUCCGAAGUUCUGACAUACACCACGCGACAACAGCCACAGUUAAACUUUGGGCGUGUUGUUGGUGCAUAUACCGCGGACUUCCGAGCUGCUCGGGCCGAUGCUGCGGCUGACUAUCUGGUUCUGAUCUGCUUGAACUCGGAUCUACCAGGCGAUGCUGGUAAGCAGCAGACGGAGCUAUGCCACGAAGCUUUGCGAGAACUUGUUCUCGAAACACGUGAGUUCUCAACGUUACUGGGCGAUGUCAAAUCCAACGGUAUGACUACUCCUGGUCUCAUCCAGGAACGUGUGCCGUUGCUCAAGCUCAAUGGUGAGAAUGGCCUGCUGAACACAAUCACUCGAGAGGCCGCCAAAAUGGCGGACGACAAUGGCCGCACCAACGAUGCCAUCCUGCUUUGCCACCUUGCUGGCGAGUAUGACAGCGUCAUUGCUAUCUUGAAUCGCUCACUUGCUGAAGCACUGUCGGUGGAGCUUGGUCAAGAGCCAUUGCGCUUAGAGCCGCUGAAGCCGCGCUUGACUCCUAUGGAAGCGCAGCAGCAGCAGCAACGGCAAGUGUCCGACUCCACUAGUAUCAGCAUGCUCGGCACAGAUGACCCUGUCGAGCUCGCUCAGAAGGUACUCGCCUUGUAUGACGCAAACAGUCUGUGGUGGAGACAGGUCUCGCAAUCCAAUCGCGAGACUGUGGGUAUCUUGUAUAAUCUCAACGAGAUCAAGAAGAUCAUCGAGGCCGGUGACUACCUCACUGCUCUACAGCGUCUGGAGAACAUCAACAUACUUCCUUUACAAGCCAAAGGCAACCUUAGCGAAAUCCGCAAGUCGGCUAACGCUUUUGCUGGCUACCCGCCUGAGAUCGCGCGAAACAUUGGCAACGUGCUGCUCUGGACUAUUGGCUGCUGUUCGCGGCACCGCGAACAUCUCCUGGCUGGCGCGUUUGUGGAUCAGAUGCGCAGGAACAUUGCAGACUCAUUGCUGCAACAGGCCAAGGACCUGAUGGUGUUUGCGGGUUUGAUUAGAUACAAGCUGCCGCCGAGGGUUUUCGAGACGUUGGCGAGAGAGGGACAAGAUGUCGGUGCCUACUAACGGUUGGUCCACUUGGAGGGAGCAUGGUGGGUCGAAGCAAUUGAGCAAAGCGGUAUUAACGUUGGGAUGUGGGAUAGAUACCAUAACCAUUAAUUUCACAUACGACAUGUCUAUGUCUCACCAAACACAAAGACGCCCUUGCCUUGCCGGUAUCCUUCCAA